UGUUUGUUAAACCCUAGGAACGAGCACCUCGCCGUGUCGCGGUCGCGUCGCUGUCGCGGUCGGAUCUUGCGGCGCAGCUGCUGCCCCUGGCGAUCCAGGUAGCUGCUCACGCGUAAUCUCGAUCCAAAUUGGCGCAUUCCAGGCCGGGAUCGAAUGAGGGUUUAGAUCAGGGGCGAUGGGAGUGGAGAAGGGCGGCGGCGACGCCGACGACGCCAAUGCGACCGGGCGGCGGGAAUCGCCACGAGCGAAUGGCGAGCUCGAUGUCGUGGAUCUGGAAGUACCAGCGGGGAUUAAGCCGGUCAAUACUGGCAGAUCCAGUCAAAAUGCUCGCUUUGAUCAAGAUGAUGGGCCGGUGUCUCCGACUGACGAGAUUUUUGAUCAAACCGAGAGAGAAACAAAGCUGGAGCUUUUCGAGAUUGAUUCGCUCGUCGAUGUGGUCGGGCUCAAAAGUAUGGGAGGCCAGCAGCCACCACAAGCUUUUAGUCCCAGGGCUGGAGAAGAGAUUGCUAUCACGCUUGGCCGUCCUCGGGUACGUCGAAAUCCACUGUUCGCUCAUGUUCUUGUCUUGAAAAAAAUUAAUUUUCAGCCUCGCGGUGCAAAGCUUGGAACACUCAUGGGAGUCUUUGUACCUUGUCUUCAAAACAUUCUAGGAAUUAUUUUCUACAUCCGUUUUUCGUGGAUUGUAGGCCUUGCUGGAAUUGGACAGAGUUUGGUGCUCGUCUCUUUGUGCUGCUUAUGCACAUUCUUGACUGGGAUCUCGCUGAGCGCCAUAGCCACCAAUGGCGCGAUGAAGGGUGGCGGACCGUAUUAUCUGAUUGGUCGAGCUCUUGGUCCGGAAGUCGGUAUUAGUAUUGGGCUUUGCUUUUUCCUUGGAAAUGCGGUUGCUGGAUCACUGUAUAUUUUAGGUGCAGUAGAAACUUUUCUGGAUGCUCUUCCUGGGGCCGGCAUAUUUCAAGAAAGCGUGACACAACUAGCACCAGCUGCAGCAGGCUCGAGUCCUGAGAUAUUAAAAAGUCCCAGUUUGCAUGACCUUCAAGUGUAUGGAGUAAUUGUGACAAUUAUCUUAUGUCUUAUCGUCUUUGGAGGUGUGAAGAUCAUCAACAGAGUGGCCCCGGCUUUUCUUAUUCCAGUUUUAUUAUCCGUUUUCCUCAUCUUUAUUGGUAUCUUUGCUGCUCCUCGACGUGGUGAUCCAUCGGGAGUGACGGGCCUCAGAUGGAGAACACUCCAUGCUAACUGGGGUCCCGAGUACCAGCGUACCAACAGAGCUGGAAUUCCUGCGCCAGAUGGUAUCAUAUACUGGAAUUUUGAGGACCUACUGGGGCUUUUCUUCCCGGCAGUUACUGGUAUUAUGGCUGGCUCCAAUCGCUCUGCAUCUCUGAGAGAUACACAGCGUUCUAUACCGGUGGGAACUUUGCUAGCCAUUGCCUCCACGACAUGUCUUUAUUUAAUUUCAGCCAUCAUGUUUGGCUCUGUGGCAAACCGUGAAGAACUCUUAACAAAUCGAUUGCUGACCGCGACAUUAGCUUGGCCUGUUCCCGCAGUCGUUCAAGUUGGCAUUAUCCUUUCGACACUUGGCGCAGCUCUUCAAAGUUUAACCGGUGCGCCAAGGCUGCUAGCUGCUAUUGCAAAUGACGACAUACUCCCAGUUUUGAAAUAUUUCAAGGCACCAGACGGGGUCGAGCCUCAUUUGGCAACGCUUUUCACCAUGUUCAUAUGUUCAAGCUGCGUCAUCAUUGGUGAUCUCGACCUCAUCUCUCCCGUUAUUACCAUGUUCUUUCUCUUGUGCUAUGCGGGAGUUAAUCUUUCCUGUCUUUUGCUCGACUUACUUGAUGCUCCAAGCUGGCGUCCUCGGUGGAAAUUUCAUCACUGGAGCUUUUCGCUCCUGGGUGCUCUAUUGUGCAUAGUUAUAAUGUUUUUAAUAUCCUGGAUUUUCACAACUGUAUCACUCGCGUUGGCAAGUCUCAUAUAUUAUUACGUUAGCUUGAAAGGCAAAGCAGGAGACUGGGGUGAUGGUUUUAAAAGUGCUUACUUUCAGCUUGCUUUAAGAAGUCUUCGUUCCUUAGGAGCAAACAACGUCCACCCGAAAAACUGGUAUCCCAUUCCACUUAUAUUUUGCAAGCCUUGGGGGAUUUUGCCACAAGACGUUCCAUGCCAUCCCAAACUCGCCGACUUUGCCAACUGCAUGAAGAAGAAGGGCCGCGGUAUGUCCAUAUUCGUUUCCAUUUCGGAGGGAGAGUAUAUAGAUAAGGUAGACGAGGCACGUCAGGCGUGUCGAUUACUUGGAACUUACAUCGACUACAAGAACUGCGAAGGGGUGGCCGAGGUGAUCAUUGCGAAGGAUGUCUGCGAGGGGUUCCGGGGUAUUGUACAGACUAUGGGACUUGGCAACCUCAAGCCAAACAUCGUCUGCAUGAGAUAUCCUGAGAUCUGGAGGGACGAACAGCAUGGCCGCGUCUCCGAUGUUUUCGUAAGCAUUAUCAACGACUGCUCCAUCGCAAACAAGGCCGUGGUGAUCGUCAAGGGGCUGGACGAGUGGCCGGGCGAAUACCAGAAGCAGUAUGGAACCAUCGACCUCUACUGGAUCGUCCGCGACGGUGGCCUCAUGCUGCUCCUCUCCCAGCUCCUCCGAGCAAAGGACAGCUUCGAGAGCUGUAAGAUUCAAGUCUUUUGCAUCUCGGAGGAGGACACCGAGGCGGAGGAGCUCAAGGCCGACGUGAAGAAGUUCUUGUAUGACCUGCGCAUGCAAGCCGAGGUGAUUGUGGUGACGAUGAAGUCGUGGGAGGCUCACCAGGAGGACCGUGGCGUGGACACUGGACGGGAGGACGCAAUGGAGGCCUUCUCCAAGGCCAGGAAGAGGAUUGCUCACAGGUCUGCCGAGCUCAAGAAGAAAGCUGCGUCGAUCGAGGACGAGGUCCAGCACUCUUACAACGAGCAGCAAGUUAACAAGUUCCUCUACACCAGCCUCAAGCUCAACUCAAUCAUCAUGAGAUACUCGAGAAUGGCGGCCGUGGUGCUGGUCAGCUUGCCGCCGCCACCUCCCAAGCAUCCCUCAUAUUGCUACAUGGAGUACAUGGACCUCCUCGUCGAUGGCAUUCCCAGGCUGCUAAUGGUCCGUGGCUACAGGAGAGACGUGAUCACCAUCUUCACGUAAAAAGGCUGUGAAUUUGCUGCUAUCAUUCUUUUCGUCACUGCUACUAUGGCCGAAAUUUUGUACACCCGGGGACUCUAUGUAUCCGUGGAAAGCUGUUGAUUAAUGGGCAUUUUAUAGACCAUUGGUGUCGA